AGCUGCGCGGCCGGAGAGAUGUCGCUGCUGCGGUCACUGCACCUCUGCCUGGUCGCGCGGACCGGGGGCUGCUCGGUGAGGGGUCUUGGCCCCUGCACCGACCUGCUUUCCUUGCAGGCAGGGCCCGUUCCGCUUCAGUGGCCCCAGCCUCGGCACACAUUGCACGCUGGGCCGCGGCUGUCUUCCUCAGCCUCCAGCAAGGAGCUCCUCAUGAAGCUGCGGCGAAAAACGGGCUAUUCCUUUGUAAACUGCAAGAAAGCUCUGGAGACGUGUGGCGGGGAUCUCAAACAGGCAGAGAGCUGGCUCCAUGAGCAGGCCCGGAAGGAGGGCUGGAGCAAAGCUGCCAAGCUCCAUGGGAGGAAGACUAAAGAAGGCCUGAUUGGGCUGCUGCAGGAAGGAAACACAACUGUGUUAGUUGAGGUAAACUGUGAGACAGAUUUUGUUGCAAGAAAUCUAAAAUUUCAACAGUUGGUCCAGCAAGUAGCCCUUGGAACCAUGUUGCAUUGUCAGAGCCUAAAAAAUCAACUCUCCACAUAUAGUAAAGGCUUCUUGAAUUCCUCUGAGCUCUCUGAACUUCCCACUGGGCCUGAGAGGGAAGGCUCUCUCAAGGAUCAGCUGGCCUUAGCAAUUGGGAAACUGGGAGAAAACAUGACUCUUAAACGAGCUGCAUGGGUGAAGGUGCCAACUGGGUUCUAUGUUGGCUCCUAUGUCCAUGGAGCAAUGCACAGUCCCUCACUCCACAACCUGGUGCUGGGGAAGUAUGGGGCCCUGGUCAUCUGCGAGACAUCUGAGUGGAAAGCAAACCUUGAAGACCUUGGCCGCCGCCUUGGGCAGCAUGUGGUAGGCAUGGCCCCUCUCUCUGUUGGUUCCCUAGAUGAUGAGCCUGGGGGAGAGGCAGAAACCAAAAUGCUUUCUCAGCCAUACUUGCUGGAUCCCUCUAUCACGUUGGGACAGUAUGUGCAGCCCCAGGGAGUGUCUGUAGUAGACUUUGUGCGUUUUGAAUGUGGAGAAAGCGAAGAGGCAGCAGAGUCCGAAUAGGUUCCAGGGACUUUUGGCCCAGAAGGAAAUGUUUAUUCUUAGUGUGGGGCACUAUUACAAAAAGAAGUUAUUUCCUAAGCUCCUUCAAACCCAGGAUUUGUUUUUCAUUUGAGUUUAUGAUGCAAUUAUACUUCAUGGGUGAAGUUAUUAAAUAAAAUUGUUAUAUAAUAAAGAGAGUAAAAUCUUGUUUGCGUAAUGCUGGGUUUAGCUUUUUAGUGUCUUGUUUAUGACAAGUUUUAGAAAACAACAGGUGGGCCUUAUUGAAGUGACUGACAGUCUUGGGGAAAACAGGCAUCAAUGUGCUCUCUUUAACAUAGAUUUAUUAUGGUGUCUCUAAUGAUUCUAACUCAUCUGUCUUACUUCUUCUGUGACAUGGAACUCUCUUGUGAUGCUUUGGACUAUGCUGCUAUCCUGGAACUUCCCAGUUACAUUAC